AUGUGAACAUGUGCAUGGAUGGCUGUAUCGCCCAACUCGCAGUUAGAGAAGGAGCAUCGCCUCAAAUCCCAAAUUUGUCUCACAAUUUUGAAGCAAAAUUGCUGUUGUGACAAGUGGCAGUAUAACCAAGCGACAACCAAGAAGAACAAGAAGAUCUCGAUCUUUUCCAUCACAUCCUCACUUUCCAUCUCCUAUUAGUUUGUUACCAUGGCUUCUGCAGAUCCUCCCGGUUUCCGUACUCCCGAGAUGAGCGAGGAGCUAGAGCAACUCCGUCAACGAGGACUUGCCAAAUCGCUCAACAAACAUUUUACGAAUGAAUGCAAAAAAGUGGAAGCGGAACUCGCCGCUGCCGAUUUGGCUCUGCGAGAACUCGAAACACGAAAGACCGCCGCAGACCAAGAGGAGUUUCUUCAGCUAGAAACCAUGUACAUGAAAGUACUAGAGUGGAAGAAAGUAUGUCGGAAACGAGAGCAAGAGACGGUGCUAUUGUAUGCCAAGUACUGCGAGAAAUUCGGCAACAGUAUCAAAUUGGCCAAGCCCGAAGAGAUCUUUACUCCGAGAAAGGACCCACCCACAAAGGCUGCACCAGAUUCACCGCUUGUAAUGGCCGAUGUGGAUGCUCUAGCGAAAGCAUUUGAAGAAGGUAUCCCCGACUUCUUGCGUCCGGUAGAAGCGUCGGCUCCUUCGUCGUACAACCCGCAGCAGCUGGCCGAGAUUCUGGAAGAUGCUUCCUUAUCCGACUCUGGCAAAGUCAAGGUAUUCACUGGAACGCCAUGUACAACUGACGCUACGGAAAUGGGAUCCGAGUUUGAUGAUUCCUCCAUUGUGUCGGGCUUGACGACACUGAACAGCCAAGUCACCAAGGAAGUGUUGCAGACGGUCCACAAGAAUGUUCUCGAGUUUAUCAAGAGCGAGACAGAAAACAUUCGCAGGCUCAUGGAAGAAGAAGACGCUAUGAGCAAAGCGGAGUUCAGUGUUCAAGGCAGUCAGCAUUCCUCUUCUCAGGUUGAGGCCAUUCUGGAGCAUGAAAACAUGGUCAAGAAGAUGCAGCAAGUUCUGGACGACUUUAAACAGGCCGAAGCGGAAACAGAAAAGACGUUGAAAGGCACGCAAGGUCGUCUCGUGGAAGGUGCUGGAAAUGAAGGAGAGUGCUGGUACGAGCAGUGGGAUGAAACCUUCCAGCGAAACUAUUAUGUGGAGAUCAACUCCAAGACAACGCAGUGGCACAAGCCAUCCACAGUCAGUGUCGAGAACAGCUCCUACAACUCUCUUGGCGAUUCUGCGGAAUCCAGCGUUCUUUCCGAAGCCCAUCCAGUAGAACCAAAGGUGUUGGACUUUGACUUUAAACCGGACAUGAGAGCUGGUUCUCGUAACCGCCUAAUCUUGUACAAGGCAAAGCAAUCACGAAAGAAGAAGCGUCAGAUGACUACUGUUGCGUUUCUACUGGCUGGACUUGCUACUGGAUUGGCAUGCUACGGAUAUGCCAACCCUGAGCAAAUGGACUUGGCUCUUGACGCAUUGACCAGUAGGUUUUCGUCGGCUGGUGCCUCUGUGGAAGAAGUGCCAGUGGCCAAGAAGACUAACAAGAAAAACGUAAAAAAGCCAGCUGCCAAGAAGGAUGUCAAGAAGCCAGCUACCAUGAAGGAUGUCAAGACUACCCAAAUGCCGGCUGUGGAAGACAAGCAAGAGAAAGAAGCAGCAAAGAAGAAGCCCGCAGCAGAGAUCAAGCAUGAGGAUGAGACCAAGACAUCGCCAACCCAACAGAAGGUUGCUGAAUACAAAACACCAGUUCCUGUGCGCCCUGCCUUCAUGUCAGAAUCUACCAAGGUCGUAUCCAAGGCCAAGGAGGAAGAAGACUUGAAGGGAGUGGCACCGAUUGGCUCUGAAGCAGCUCCUCAUUGGAUUCGAGAUGUGUUGGUCGGACACCACGCAUUCAAGAAAGUGAGCAAAUUGUGUCGCGAACCGUCCACAUAUUGUGGAUCGUACCGUGCUUGAGUGUGUGAGUAUGCAAGUGUUACAGCUUAAUUGCAUUGAAACCAACAACUAGAGAAAGGUGGGCACAGCAUCAAAACGGGAAGGAACGAGACUUAUCGGCGACAAAGAGGCGAGAUCCGACCAAAACGCUACAGAACUAGAGACAAUACGCAAACCUUCAGAGUAUAAACAACAAAGAAUCGACAGAGAAGAAGGCAGGGACCACCAUGGCCAAUACACAUAAAGAACGGCCGAGUCGAAUCCCCUCAUGUAUGUAUUGCGGAUUGUAACAACAAGAGAGACAAAGAUAGAAUAGCUAACAUACAAAACGCCUACAUGAAGCUCAAGCGCAACACCUUUGGUUUUACAAAGUCCAU